AUGCUGGUGAAGGCGGAGGUCCUGGCGCCGCCCGCCGAGGACGAGCUGCUGCUGCUGGGGCUGGGCUCGCCCGCCCCCUCGCCCUCGCUGCCGUCCAGCGCCGAGGAGGAGGAGGAAGAGGAGGAGGAGGAGGAGGAGGAGCUGCGCGCCGCCCCGCCGGCUCGCCCCGUCGAGGCUCCGGGCGGCCGCGGGCUGCGGCGGGCGGAGGGGAAGCGGCGGCCGGGGCGGUCCCGCGGCGCCCCGCGGGCGGCGCGCACGGCGGAGACGGCGCAGCGCAUCAAGCGGAGCCGGCGGCUCAAGGCGAACAACCGCGAGCGCAACCGGAUGCACAACCUGAACGCGGCGCUGGACGCCCUCCGCGACGUGCUGCCCACCUUCCCCGAGGACGCCAAGCUCACCAAGAUCGAGACGCUCCGCUUCGCCCACAACUACAUCUGGGCGCUCACCGAGACCCUGCGGCUGGCCGGCGCGGCGCGGCUCGGCCCCGACGGGGCGGCGGCAGCGGCGGUCCCCGCCGAGGGCAGCCCCUCGCCCGCCUCCUCCUGGAGCGGCGGCGCCGCCAGCCCCGCGCCCUCCGCCUCCCCGUACGCCUGCACUUUAUCGCCCGCCAGCCCCGCGGGCUCCGCCUCGGAUCCCGAGCACUGGCCGGGCCGCUUCGCCCCGGGGCCGCCGCCGCCGCUGCCCCGCCGCUGCCUCUAG